GGCUCCUUCUCAGAGCUGCUUGCACCACGAGGACUACAACUCCCCUCAUCCCCUGCCACCGCGGCCACAGACGGGCAUUGCGGCCCAGCUGGCAAGAAGAGCUGGGAGAGGGGGAGGGCAUGGGAUUCUCCCCCCGCCGCGCCCCGCCCCGCCCCGCCCCAGGGAGAUGCAGGCCCCGAAGGGGGAGGGCAGCGGGGAGGGCCGUCCCGCUUCCCCGAGGCGAGGUGAGCCGGCCGCCGCGGGGCUGCCCUCACUUGCCGCUGCGGCUGCUGGUCGGGAGCCUCAGCCGGGUCGCGGGAGGAGCCCAGCGCGGGCAGCAGCGGGACGAGCGAGGAGGGCGAGCCGGUGCGGCGGGCGAGGGCAGAGCCAGGGCCAGAGCCAGAGCCGCAGCACCCGCGCUCCCCCGGGGAUGGCAGCCGCCGCGGGGUCCCGCCAGGCGGCCGCGCUCCUCCUCCUCCCCCUCCUCCUCCGGACCCUCGGCUGCCUCCUGUGGCUGAGCCACCGCGCGCAAGCCGCCCCUCUGCAGCCGCAGCCGCAGCAAGGAUCGAAAUGGUCUUACAUCGGUUCUGAUGGGGAGAAAGUGUGGCCCCAAAAGUACCCCUUUUGUGGCAGAGGUUUCCAGUCUCCCAUAGAUUUUCACAAUGAUAUUCUUCAAUACGAUUCCACUCUUCUGCCAAUCGAACUGCAGGGCUACAAUGUGUCAUCCACUGAACAGUUUCUCUUGACCAAUAAUGGACAUUCGGUGAAAAUGAGCCUCUCUCCGAUGAUGCACAUUCGGAGCCUGCCUUCCCAGUACUCUGCAGCUCAGCUCCACUUGCACUGGGGGAACCAGAACAAGCCAGAAGGAUCCGAACACACGAUUGGAGGGAAGCAUUUUGCUGCUGAACUCCACAUCGUGCAUUACAACUCCGAGAGAUAUCCAGACAUGGCGUCGGCCAUGGAUAAGUCUGACGGGCUGGCGGUCUUGGCCAUCCUGAUUGAGACAGGCCCAUUCAACCCUUCCUAUGAAAAGAUCUUCAGCCAUUUCCAAAGCGUGAAAUACAAAGAUCAGGAAACUUCCGUCCAAGGGUUCAACAUCCAAGAGUUGCUCCCAGACAAGCUGGAUGAAUAUUACCGCUACGAAGGAUCCCUGACCACUCCUCCUUGCUACCCAAGUGUGCUCUGGACCGUGUUCCGAAAGCCCGUUCAAAUUUCACAAGAACAGCUGCUGGCCCUGGAAACGGCCCUGUAUUGCACCCAGCCCAACGACCCGGCCCCUCUGGAAAUGGUGGACAACUUCCGGGGAGUCCAGGAGUUCGACGAGAGGCUGGUUUCUGUCUCCUUCCGACAAGAUGCCUGCAACAAUUAACAUUCAGCCCAGCAGAGGGAGAGAAUGGAGCCCCCACAUCUUUGGAUCCAGCCUUUUCUGUCUGGUCAGGUAGAAAUGAAAGUCAAGCAAGCAGUAUGUCCAAAUCGACCACCCAGCCACAAACACGUAAACGUUUUAAAAUGCAAGUCUGGAAUAUGCUUGCAAGGGCUCGGGAGGCAGGAUCUGAACAUACUGUGCAGACUUUCAUUUCUCUGGUACUGGUGGUUGCUGCAUGAGAACUGGUGGUUCGUUGGUGACGCCACAUUGUGAAGGUUGCACUUGUCGGCACUGCCUCAUUUGUGCGCAGACUCUGCAUGCAAUGAGCCUUGCCCAUCAAUUCCCAAAUCUGCUUUCUGUUAAGGAUGGAGAAAUGGUACACUUGGCAUGUUUACCUUUCCCAGCAUGUGUGCCCAUUUCCAUUUAAACUAGUUCUUAAUGCUGUUGUGCUCUGCCAAAGCUUGAAGACGAUUCAAUCUCUCUUCCAUCAGUUAUUGCCCGAGAUGAAAGGUGUCAGGUUAGUUACUGGCAAAAUUUUAAUACAGUCGGUUACUGGCAAAAUUUUAAUACUGUAUUUACCUGAAUCCAAGACUAGGUUCCCCCCCCGACAAUGGUAGAAAUUGGGGGGGGGGAAUCAUCUUAAAUUCAGAGUCCUGUUUCAUUUGGGUAAAUAUGUAUACGCUGUAUUUAACCCCUGCUUUUAAGGAGGUUGUCUUAAAUUGGGAGUCAUCUUCUGUUGGAGAAAUACAGUUGGUAGCAUCUACACUGAAUAAGUCAUAAGAUAUUCAGAGACCCGUCUCUCCAGAGUGGCUUUUUUAGUGCCUGCUGUUUCUGUUGGCUGCAUUUUAAAACUGGUGUUAAUUAAGAAGCCACAUUUCAGCCCAGUUCUAUACUGUUCUGCUGCCUGUCGGCUUUUACUGUUUUGUCUUGUUAUUGUGAUCUAUUUUUGUUGCAAGCCGCCCAGCAGCACUGUGCUGGAGGGAUGGGGUAGUUGCUAAAUGAGUCCCACAGACAUGAAUGGGACUUCCGCCAGUCAUGACUAACUAGUUUGGAUGCUGCCUUACGGGGUCUGGGUAAAGGGUCUGUCCAUGACCCUUGCCAGGCAUCGAGUUCCAAUUGUUACCGGCAAUUCAGGGAUAAAUUUCCAAAUUCCAUUCAUCAAACAUGAGUAAUAUCACCAGCUCCCGAAUCCCUCACCCGGACAGAAGUGCAACAUACUAGGUACACCACCAGAGCAUGCUACGGGAAGGGGUGCAUUGUGGGUGGGGCAUCAGCAGAACCAUGAUGUGGCGAAGUCUCUAAUGUUGCAAAAACGCGUGUGUGUGAAUGUGCUGCAAAUCACCCUAAGGCAGGGGUUCUCAUACCUGGGGGGCCUCAGAUGUUGUUGGACUGAAGUUUCUAUCAUUCCCUGCUACAAUGGCCUUGUGGCAGGGGGUGAUGGGAGUUGUAGUCCAACAUCAGAAGCCCCGAGUUUCCACACUAUUGCUGCAAGGAGGUAAUCAGUUGUAUUUCUAAAUACCUCAUGUUCAAUCCCUGGACCGGGGCGUAGGGAGCUCACCAGCGCUUGCAGGAUGAGCUUGACCGGCAGCCCCCUUUCUGUGUGUGCACAUGCGUGUGCGUGUACACACGCACAUGCACUAGUGCACGCCAGCCACACAUCCUGCAUAUAACUUCAUACGCAGGGGGCGUGGUCACCAGUGGCAAGACAGGUGAGCCAACUACCUGCCCGCUGCGCUGGGUGAUUCAUCAUGUGCUGUUGGGGGUCAGGGCAAAUUAGUUCUUUCGCUGCCCGACCAAACUCAAUGGCGCGUGAACAAAGCACCUAGUACAGUGUGCUGAACGUAGGGACAGACGAGCAACUGGCAGCCCUCUGAAGGUAUGGGGAGAAGCCUCUGGCGGCCCCUGGAAGACCGUGGCAGUCGAGGGGCGCUCAUCCCCCUCCUGUGCUCAGUGGUGGCCACGCGCCUGCCCUGGAUCCUUGCAAGCUUGCUGCGUUCACUGUCUAGCAGCCCUUUUCUGCUGUGCAUGGAAAACUCCAAUCUCUGCUCCUCCUUAACUGCAUUUCUUGACUGCCUGCUGCACUGUUAACAGCUGUCAAAGCUGACAGCUAUGACUUCAGAUUAGCAGAGUGCUUGACAUUACUGAACCCAGCAUAGGAGGUCUUUAGUUCAGUUUAGCAACAAUGGCCUUCAUCAAACAACCAGGGGUCGGGAAUAUGUGCGUUAGGGAAACCGAGACAGCCAACCGAGACAUAAGAUCUGUUCCAUGCCUCCCUCUCACGUCCGUGAACAGCCUCGGAUCCCGACUCCCUUUGGAAGAGAGAUCCCUGGAGGUUUAUUGUGUUUUUGUAAUAGUUGGUUGCUUUGCAAAUACACAGGCUGAGCGUUAGAGGGUGUUGAAAUAGCAGUGCACUUCGAAUGGCUGGCAAGAGGUUACCGCAGAGCCUCAGAGGAAACCGUGCACCCUAGGGUGCUUCAGCUCACUCCGCAGCUUCUGGAAGCACCCUAGGGGGCCCAGUUUCAAAAUCUCUCCAAAUCUCAGUCCGGUCUCUGUGUCUUUCUCAGAAGCCGGCUUCUCCCAUCAGAAUCAUUCAGGGCCAGCCAUUCUCAGCCAUUAGCUGACAUGAAGAAACAUCAACUGGCCUCCUGGACCAGCUGGCUGGCGUGUGUUGGCCAGCAAGCCUGUAUAGCCCAAAUCCCAGACUCACAACAGUAGGUGACCCAGGGGCGUAGCUAUAAUUGAGCGAAAGGGUUCAAAGAACACGGGCCCCCACUCCCCUAGCUACGCCCCUGAGGUGACCCGUGCUUCUUCGACCAGUUUUCUCUGUUAGUUAUUCCCAGUGGUGAAGGAAGACAGGCACAGACAGGUAUGAAGCACCCACAAAAUAACUACAGGGUGUUGGCAAAACAUUUCACCCAGGUUUAUGAUCUUUGAGUUUAAGGAUCCAGUUAUUGCUAGAUCCAAGCAUGAUCGUUCUGGUCCAACAGUCUGUUUCCAAGAGCAGGAAGUCAGAUGCCCUUGGAGCUCAUGAGGAGGAGAACACGUCUUGAGGCAGCAAGCAUGAAUUGUCCUCUUUGCUAAGCAGAGUCUGCCCUGGCUUGCAUCUGAAUGGGAGACUACAUGCAUGAGCACUGUCAGAUAUCCCCCUUUGGAGAUGGGGCCGCUCUGGAAAGAGCACCUGCCUGCUUGCCUGCAGAAGGCCCCAGGUUCCCUCCCUGGCAGCAUCUCCAGGUAGGGCUGGGAGAGACUCCUGCCUGCAGCCCUGGAGAAGCUGCUGCCAGUUAGGGUAGACAGUACUGAGCUAGAUGGACCAGGCAGCUUCCUAUGUUCCUAAGAAAAGAAGCUGCAGACAGACAUUGAGAGCCUGAACAGGUGACUUCUUUCAGUGCCUGUUUGGGGCCAUCUGUCCCUAGAGCAGGGCUGCACAGCUUUGACCCAACUACAACUCCCAUAAUCCCCAGCCACAGUGGCCAGUAGUCAGGGCUGAUGUAGUGCAACAUCUGCAGGAGAUUGUGCAGCUUUGCCCUAGAGCAGAGCUACACAACCUCAGCCCACUGCCACGGGCCCUCUAGCCCUGUCCCCUGUGUCAGACUCAGGCAGCCAAGAUUAGCCAG